CCACCGACCGUCGGCUCCUUUUAUCUCAUCCAUCCUCGUCGCGUCGCGGACGAGCCCCUGAUCUCGGAGCCUAUUCUCGUCUCCGGGUGCCCUAGAUUCUCUCGAGAUAUCCCUUCCCUCCGCGGCACGACCUUCCUCCGGGGUUCUCGGUCCGAUCGCCGUCAACGAAAAUGAGAUUCAGAGUGCAUAUAUAUUCAUGCGCUGGCCCCUGUUGACGCCUACAAUCAUUGUGGCUUCUUUCGGAUAUUAAGUUCUUUUUUUUUUGAAAUGUAACUGAGGCAGAUGGGUAUGAGCCAUUGCCACCAGAUUUAUUAAAAGGAAGAGUAUUUACUAUGUUAUAUACAUCAGUGGCAGUUUAAAGGCCAGAAUGUACAGUGAGGUUUCAUUAAACAGGAAAUACAAGAGUAAAGUCCAACAGAAGAGCCCUCAGGCUCUUCCCAAUAAUGCGAUGACAUGUUUCUAUUCCUGUUAAAUUGCAGGCCAACGCAGCAUCAGGGAUGGCUGUGAAUGAUGAUUGCAAGCUGAAGUUUUUGGAAUUGAAGGCAAAGAGAACUUACCGUUUCAUAGUUUUCAAGAUCGACGAGAAAUCGAAGCAGGUCAUUGUGGAGAAGGUUGGUGAGCCUACUUUGAGUUAUGAGGAUUUCACUGCCAGCCUUCCAGCAGACGAAUGCAGAUAUGCAAUUUAUGACUUUGAUUUUGUGACUGAAGAGAACUGCCAGAAAAGCAAAAUCUUCUUUAUUGCCUGGUCUCCUGACACCUCUAGAGUGAGAAGUAAGAUGCUUUACGCCAGCUCCAAGGAUAGAUUCAAGAGGGAGCUUGAUGGCAUCCAGGUGGAAUUGCAAGCAACUGAUCCUACUGAGAUGGGCCUUGAUGUCAUAAGAAGCCGUGCAAAUUAAGUAUGUAUUACUUGGUUGUGCAGUGGAGAUAUCCUCCCUGCAUUCUGGUUGCUUUAUUGAAUGUGUUUAUAGUUUCAUGGGAUGGUGAAUUCGCUGAGUAUUAUGUUUGGUUGUCAUUCAGGUUGUUAAAAUACGGUCCUUCUUGCCUUCUCCUUAAACAUCUUUCAUUUUGGGUAUAUCAUAUGAUUUGUUGUUUUGUGGAACCUGGGACAAGUGUCUACUUGUAGCUUGACAUCUACAAGCUAAUGAUAUGUAAUAGUUUGUGGGGUUAGCCAGGUAGGCAAUGUUUGUAGCUCAUUUCUAUGACUUUGUAAUGGAUAUUUGACCCAUCUGGUGUUAUUUUGAAUUGGACUACAGGUUUGCUGAGCUUUA